AUGGAUCGAUAUGGUUUGUUGGAGCGUAUCCGGCGACGGAUUUUAAAUGAUGAAAAUAAAAUAGAUAAUCGGAAGAGCUAUGGAAUUGAGAAAGUUGCAAAUAAAACUAAGAAAUUUCGUAUAACGUACCACGAGAUGUCACCUACAAAGAAUACAUUUGAAGAGAAUGUGUUACGAAAGGUACAGAAUAUCCGCGGUUCUGUUGCAUUUAAGCAGUGCUGUCAGAAAUUGAGCGGUUAUGAUGAUGAAAAUGUUGAUAUUAUUGCUAAGCCUUACAAGUCCAUGCCAUUAUUAUACACUUCGAAAAGCAUUUUUCGAGUUGACAAGAAUAAUUGUGGGAAAAGUAUGGACUUUUUUCACAACAAGCGCUUCUCUUCCGGUGCUUGCUGUUCUGGAAGCUGGGCACACGGAUCAUCACUAACAUUUGCAAAAGAAGAAUCGCAAAUAAAAAAAGCUGUAGUUGGCGUGCGGAAUAAUAAAAAAAAAUCGCACUUGUCGCAGUCUACACGUUUGCGUUCCAGGAAUAAAAUGGAUGAAAUUAAGAAAGGCAAAGUAAGACGGCCGCAAAUUCCGGCAGUAAAAUCCAGUGAUACCUUCGAUUGGUCAACAAAAGAUAGGACGGUAUCGCAACAUGUAAAUCUGAAUAUCGAUGGCUCUGGACAUAGUAUUUCUUGUGACGAAAUCAAUGUUAAAAUCAAACAGUCAUUUAGCACUUUAAAUAAUUUGGAGAGUGAUAUCGAUGAGGCUGCACGCUUUUUACAAACAUCAUUUUCAAAUCGACUGUCGAUUUCUUCACCGUUAGAAUACAACAAAGUGGAUGACAACUUUUCCUCCAAAGGAUACAUUUUGGAAAAGGACGCUUACAACAACCACCUCUUCCCUAAGCAAAAUAUCAAAGGUAUAACACGCGGUAAAAUACUGGGUUGUCAGUUGAGAACUCAUAUUGCUUAUGGAAAAAAUAUUACUGAAAUGAGUCAGCAUCUUCGAGAUGUUCGCAAUGCGUUCAAUAACGAAAGAUUACGUGAAUAUGAAGUCAGUGAUGGAAUGGAUUCAGACGAAAGGUGUUUUGAUGGGCAGAGCAGCUUUUAUGCAACCGCGGAACAGCGCAUAAAUAAGGCACUUCAUUAUAAUUCACUUUCUAAUAAUGAACGGAAUUGUGAUCCAGUUAAAUUAUGCAUACCAACAAUUUCAAAAACUAAUUCACUUCAUGAUGAUAGUGAUACGGAUGAUGCAAUGAAUGAAAUUCAAAAUGCUAAAUCUGAAGUUACGUCAAGACAAUCGGUUAUACAUCAAGCAAGCAAUUCUAAUAUGAAGCUAAUCAAUGAGUCACCGUCGGCACAGUCUACUUUUAAUGAUGCCAGUCAAAGUGAUAAAAUCGAUAGUUCACCAAUAUAUUCAUCGCAAGAAUUACUGAAACGUAAGCAUUAUGCAAGUAAUACUGUGAAAGCACUUCGACAAUUUUAUACAGAUAGUAUGCUGUAUUUUGUUGAGCUUCGUAAACACUGUUAUCAGCGAAAGGUUGAAGAUUUGUGGAAAGUGGAAAAUAAAGAAGAAAAAAUCAAAUCGGCAUGCUUACUACUGAAACAAAAAUAUAUCAGUUCAGUUCGCAGUACAAUGUCAUUGAAAAAUUUGAUCGAUUAUCAUUUACAUGAGACAGCUCGAAUACAGCUACUUAAUCUCGAUUUACAGAAGCAUUUGUCACUGUUAAGAGGUAAGAAAAAAGAUGUGAAUUUCGAAAAAUUUCGCAAAGGUUCUGAGAAAGUGUUGCUUUUUACGAAGCAUUUCGAGAAAAAUAAUUUGGCAAAUGAACUGGAGAAAUGGGAAUUGAAAUUAAAGACACGUUCACGUGGCUUUAAAAUUAAUGGAGAGCGUGCUAUGAACAUUGACAAUACAAGGUCUUCAUUAUCAAGUCCUCUUCGUGUUUUCCGACAUAUCCGAAAAACGAAAGUGCAAAAACCAACAAAUUACAACAAAAACUUGGAACAAUUGCGUGAAGAGUUAAAAUGGAAAAGAAAAGAAGCAGAUUUCAUGAAGAAGACAUUCGACCAGAGAGUAAUGCGCAAUGAUCAGUGUGAGGAGAACUCACUGAGGGCGCAAAUCGAUGCCCAUGUACGUUACAUUACGGAAACUGAAAAAGACAUUGCACAACUUAAUAAAUUGGAAAAUGAAAGUGGUGAUAAUAGUGAAAGGUCAAAAUCAAGUUAUGAACGAUAUCCAUUUUUAUCAUCGAUGAAUGUCGGUGCAGCAAGUGCAUUUUUGGAAGCUGAUAGCAAUGAAACAAGUUUCAAUGCUGAUAUUCACUCUAUAAACAAAUCCUGCAAUUUUGAAUUUAAUUCUAAAAAGAAAAAUAUAGAAAGCCAAUUUUCGAAGCCACCAUCAGAAGAAAAAUCAGGAAUUGCCGGUGCAUCUGGAAAAUACAAAAAUCUUCGUUCACCCAGAAAAACAUAUGAUGCAUGUUAUUUUGUCGAAUUAUCUUCAAGCAACACUUUGACACCUUCAGAACGGCUUAUUGAACAAUCUCAGAAAACAAAUGUUAUCGAAAAAAAUUACAGCGCUUCAAACGAAACACAAGUAUCCAUUGAUAAAAAAUCAGCUUAUGUUCCAAAAGUUUCAAAAGAUUCUACCGAUUUUAUUAUUCAUUCACCAGAAAGUACUCAUUCCAGUGAAUUGAUAUAUGGUGAAACUGCAAAUUUUAAACAGGAUACUUCAAAAGAGGCACUAUUAGUAUGUGUUGCUCAUCGAUCCGAUAUAAAUGACAGUAAAUUGGAACAACAGAAACAAUCAAUUGUUAAACCAAACGAUGCUAAUGAUGAAAGCAAAACUAGUACGGAGGGAUGUAAUUUGCUUUGUAAUUCUCUUGAUGAACAAUUUUUUACACCAAUAACAUCUGAUAUUGAAACUGACAGCGAAGAGAAGAAUGGUAAUGAUGAAAUGGAAAAAGAUAGAAUUGCUUCACGAGAGUCCUUACCAAGCUUCCACACAACCAUUUCAUCGCUUACUCCGGUUGUACGAAUGAGCGGUAAGACAGCACUUACUCAAUCUCCAAGGCCGAGAAAAUUUAAACUAACGGUCAGUCCACUUUCUUCACCAAGAAGCGCUGCAUCAACCAAAUAUGCGGCAUCAAUGCCACAUGAAGAUGCUACAAGAAGUACUACAAGUAGUCCACACACAUCUAAGACAUCAGCAAAUCGUUGUAUAUCACCCUUAUCUGCAUCUCUACUUGAAUCUUUGUUAGAGGAUUCAUUGACGGCGAUGUUGACAUUGGAGCAUAGUCAAGCAUCAGAAAGUGAAACAUUUGUGCAUCAUGGUGAACAUAACAAAACUACGAAUUUAACUGCAUCCGCUGAUAACUCAUCGCAAAAUGAUCGAAGUUACGAUUUAAAUAAAAUUCCAGUGCCUGACGAUCUAAUUCCUGGUCUUGAUUUGAGUGGUGUAAAUAGCGCAGAAACCGAAGCAAUUAGUGAAAAGAAUGAUUUUCCUUCGAAGCUUUACGAACAUCCUUGUGGAAAUAAGGAAUUCAGUGUCUCUGUAGAAAUGAGGAAUAAUCAAGUGAUCAAAUCAGCAGAACUUGUGUCAUCAUCACAAUCCGGAUUUUACAUGAGUGAUGAAAAAUGGGUUAUCGCUGAAAUUCACUCAGUUGCUGAAAAGAUAUGGAAUUUGGUUAGCUCAAAACAGCCUUUAGAAAUAUUGAUCAGUGGUGAUUCAGUUGGUAUUGCAUCACAGGAACUACAAAUGAGGCAACUGCUCGUAGAUCGGUGCUGUGAAAUUGCUGAACAUUGUUUCAAGGAUGUUAGUAGCAGUCGAUAUAUGGGAUUAACAAAUAUCAAUUCUUUCCGACCUCGAAAUUUGUUACAUCUAAAAAGCAUCCUUCAAAAACAGCUUUCGAAGUAUUAUGAAAGUAAUAAACAAAACGGAAAGGAUAAGAAACGCUGGGAAUUAUUAUCACGUGGACUCAAUUCCGAUAUCGAAAAUAUCAUUUUGGAGGAGAUUUAUUCGGAACAAGAUGGUUGGGAAGCUAAAUUGGAACAUUAUGAAGAUGAAAUUAAAAAUGAGUUAGUUGCUGAAUUAUGGCAUGAGCAAUUGGAUGAAUCAUUAUUAGUUGUCAUUGAUAUGUGA